AUGAGUGAUCCAAUAAAUGCAAAUCCAACGAUUAUAGACGUAAAUAGCUUACCCACAAGACUUGACUCAACAACAAAUUAUGAAAAUCAAACAAUAUAUGAAAAGAAUAAGAAAUUAAUUUCACAAAUUACAUCAUUAUCAUUAUUUAACAAUGACGAAGAAAUAUCAUCGUUAGAAGAAUCUUUGUCCGAACUAUCUAACUCAGAAGAUAUAGAGGAAAUAGACGAACAAGAGAUAUUCGAUUUAAUUUCAACGAUAUCUGAUCCAGAGCAUCCUUUAACAUUGGCUCAACUAGCGGUAGUAAACCUUGAAGACAUUCACAUUGAAAAAAAACCACAUGAUCAAAUAUCACAAGUCACAAUCAAAAUCACACCAACUAUAACGCAUUGUUCCCUAGCUACUUUGAUAGGUUUGGGAAUUAGAGUAAGAUUGGAUAGGAGUUUACCUGCGAGAUUCAGAAUUAAGAUAUACAUAAAAGAAGGAUCUCAUCAAUCGGAAAAUCAGGUUAAUAAACAAUUAAAUGAUAAAGAGCGAGUGGCUGCUGCGUGUGAAAAUGAUCAGUUGUUAAGUGUCAUACUGCAGAUGCUAAGUACAUGUAAAUAA